CUACUUUCGGGCUCCCAACACCGCCAAAGCUAAAGAAAGACGCACCCAUCAAUUAUCACUCUGCGGUCUUUCCUGGAACACCUUCUCUUUCACCACCGACAAAUGCGCAAUGCUGUCAAAGGCUUGUCUCAGAGGCUUCGGCCUGCAGUCUCUACCCAAGAGGCAGGCAUACCAGCUCGCUCGCAGAACCGUCACCACCGAUGCUGCGAGCUCACACGCUGAGAAAGAAGAUGUGCCAGAGGAAGAUGACAAGCCCUUCCAAGUCAAGCUCUCCGACGAGAGCUUUGAGACUUACAACUUCGAUCCUCCCUCGUACACCCUCGACACCACCAAGAAAGAGUUGAAGCAGAUGUACCACGAUAUGGUCUCGGUUCGACGAAUGGAGAUGGCCGCGGAUCGGUUAUACAAAGAAAAGAAGAUUCGAGGCUUCUGCCAUCUUUCAACAGGUCAAGAAGCCGUCGCAGUCGGUAUCGAACAUGCCAUCACGAAGCAUGACGCUAUCAUCACUGCCUACAGAUGCCACGGUUUUGCUCUCAUGCGAGGUGGCACGGUCAAGUCCAUCAUUGGUGAAUUGCUGGGUCGGCGAGAAGGUAUUGCCUACGGAAAAGGUGGAUCCAUGCACAUGUUUGCUCCCAAUUUCUAUGGCGGUAACGGUAUCGUCGGCGCCCAGGUUCCAGUUGGUGCUGGCAUCGCCUUUGCCCACCAAUACACCGGCAGCAAGACGGCAACUCUUUCUCUAUAUGGUGACGGUGCUUCCAACCAGGGCCAGGUUUUUGAAGCCUUCAACAUGGCUAAGCUUUGGAAACUCCCUAUCAUUUUCGCGUGCGAAAACAACAAAUACGGUAUGGGAACCUCAGCUGCUCGGUCAUCCGCGUCAACCGAAUACUACAAGCGAGGCCAAUAUAUCCCUGGAUUGAAGAUCAAUGCUAUGGAUGUGCUCGCUGUAAAAGCUGCUGUGCAGCAUGGAAAGGAGUUCACCGCAAACGACAAUGGGCCUCUGGUGUACGAAUUCGUUACCUACAGGUACGGUGGUCAUUCUAUGUCCGAUCCUGGCACAACCUACAGAACCAGAGAAGAAAUCCAACGGAUGCGAUCUACCAAUGACCCAAUCGCAGGCCUCAAGCAAAAGAUCCUAGACUGGGGCGUCUGCACAGAAGAUGAGCUCAAGUCGAUUGACAAGAAGGCCAGGGAACUUGUGGAUGCUGAAGUGGCCGAGGCAGAGAAGAUGCCGGCUCCUGAUGCUGUGCCGAAGAUUCUCUACGAAGACAUCUACGUACGUGGCAGCGAACCCAAGUACCUGCGCGGCCGGACUCCCGAGGAGACUUAUUACUACUGAUGACGUGACUUCUGGGUAUCUCAGCGGGAGAAGUAAAACAAGCGGGUUUCAAGCUCUGUAUAUUUGGCAGAUCCUGGGUUUAUCGCGGGAGCAUAGUCGUGGGAACUGCAGGGAAUGCAUUGUCCUUGGAUCAAUAGAACUUCUUUCCAUCGCCGUAUCAGGCCACGUGUGUAAAAGCCUGAGAUCUUAGUUAUGUACUCUCGAUUGAUAGAUGAGAGGUAUAGUCUCUAGAAGGUAGCUGUCAGAUUGAUAGACUGCAUUGUGCUUGACAGCAGGGAAAAACGUGUGCAUGUGGCAUGCAAAGCUGUGGGUACGUACUACGUUAAAUAAGCGACUUUUUUAUAGGGCUAGUGAGGCGAUGACGCCAACUGUGCCAACCACGA